AUGUCAUCAACUAGGCCCGAAUUGGCUCUGGCUAUCCAACUGUCCAAAUCCGACAUUGCCUCUCUAACAGAUAGGUCAACAUCCGAAAUCAAGGUGAACUUCGAGAAAGAGUCCAGAAGCUCAUCCUCAACAUCCGCUCCACCUACUGAAAAGUAUUGCAAAAUGCAUGGGAAGCAGAAGAUGUGGCCGCACGAGGUUUCCUCUUUUGAUAUCUUCGUGGAGGAGGAGCCCUGGGCUGUGGGCGUGAGAUAUGCAGACCACAUCAACAUUACCUCUUUGGAAGAUCCUCCUGAAUCGUAG